ACGAUCGUGAUAAGUAUACCGCAAAUGUAGUGUUGCUGUGAUUACGGGUUAAGCGAGUCAAAAUGAUUUCUAGAUCUUCCUGUUUCACUGAAAAGAGUUGUGGUUCCUACGUCUGGAGGAAGCUACCGUGUGGUGUGUGGCAAGGGUACGUUGCACAGUAGUGUCCUUUUUACGUCAGUCUUGCUCCUUUCAUUGUUAGUUGUGGCACAAUAGGAACUGUCAUUUCGCUAUUGUGCAGAUCCGAACGCGAUGACUUGCAAAGAGGUGUUUAGCUCAUGAAGACUGAGAACACACAGUGACCAGACAGCCAGCAUGUGGUGUGUAUUUGGUUGUGGCUGACGGUAUAUAGACCAGUAGUGUCCUUUUCACCCCAAGUUUAUUCCAUUCUCUGAUACUUUCAUGAAAGGCCAAAAGUUUUGAAUUGCAAAGAGAAGUUAAGAGCGUGACAGUGGGAAAUACGGUGAUUUGACGGGCAGUGUGUGUUGUGUGCAGUGGAGGGCGGUAGUGUCACUUCACCCCAAUUUAAUUAAUCCACUGAUGCUUCCCUGUGAGUCCUAAAAGUGUUCGCGUGUAAAGAGAUGUUUGGGAGGUGACAAUGUGGGACACACAGUGAUCCAAGGAAGGCUCGUAUACUGUCAGUAGUUGAGCUGGGAGCGUGCAUCGUGCGUUCGUGACGGGAGUGAACUGUGGGUGUGAGAGGUCAUGGAGGCGCCCUUCGAGCUGGCGGACGUGCUGGAGUACAACGGCACACUGUGGGUGAACGAGGAGGACCCGGUGCAGCUGGCCUGGGUGCAGGCGCUGCUCGGCCUGCUCUACGGCGCCAUCUUCGUCGUGGGGGUGACGGGCAACCUGCUGGUGCUGGUGGUGGUGGCGCGCGCGCGGCCCGCCCACACGCUCACCAACCUGUUCAUCGGCAACCUCGCGCUCAGCGACCUCAUGCUGUGCCUGCUGUGCGUGCCCUUCACGCCGCUCUACACCUUCAUGGGCCGCUGGGUCUUUGGCGCCUUCCUCUGCCGCGUAGUCGUGCUGGCACAGGGCACCAGCGUGUACGUGUCGUCGCUGUCGCUGGCGGUGGUGGCUGCGGACCGGUACGUGGCGGUGACGCAGCCGCUGCGCGCGCGGCCGCGCGGCACCUGCUGCCUGCUCUCCGUGGCGGCGGUGUGGCUGUGCGCGUGCGCGGGCGCGCUCCCGUACGCGCUGCACGUGCAGCACCGGCCGGCCGACGGCGCCUGCGAGGAACACUGGCCGUCGGCGCGCGCGCGCGCCACCUUCGGCGCCGCCACCUUCUGCGCGCAGCUGGCCGUGCCGCUCGCCGUCGCCGCCUUCUGCUACGGCCGCGUCUGGCUGCGGCUGCGCGCGCGAGAGCGCGACCGGCGGCGCGCGCGCGCGCGCGGCGCACUCUGCGCCUGCUGGUGGCCGUCGUGGCGGUGUUCGCCGCCUGCUGGCUGCCGCUGGCGCUGCUCAACCUGGCCGCCGACCUGA